GCCUGGCAGUGGAUGAAUCAAUGGAGUGUGUCCGAACCGAAACAACAAGGCGUGUGCUCUUCUGGAAGAAAAAGAAAGUCAAUACCAGAUGCACUACAAACAGGAUGACUGUGAAACACGAAGGUUCCAUUUUGGAGUCAGCUGAACGGUCGGUCUCCCUGGUAAAAGGUGGCAGGUCAGAGUAUGCAGCAGCUCUGGCCUGGGAGAAAAAGGGGGCUUUUCCAGGACACACAGUCUUCACAAACUGGCUGGAAUCAACAAAGGACAACCCUGUGGUGAUCGACUUUGAGGUGUCGCCCAUUGUGGAUUUGGUAAAGAACAUGCCAUGUGCCGUGACCAAACGUCGUAACCUGGGGAGAGCCCUGAGAGAAUACGCGGGCAGGUUUGACCCUUGCCAGUGUGCCCCGUGCCCCAACAACGGCAGGCCUGUGCUUUCCGGGACAGAGUGCCUCUGCAUCUGCCAGGCUGGCACCUACGGCAAAAACUGUGAGACACGAGCUCCGGGUUACGAAUCAGUUGCCAUAGAUGGCCGCUGGGGAUGCUGGUCUGAAUGGAGUUCAUGCGAUGCUUCCUUCAAAACAAGAAGAACCCGGGAGUGUAAUAACCCCUCCCCAAUGAACGGCGGGAAGCCCUGUGAAGGUGAAAGGGAAGAAGAGGAGGACUGUUAUGUGUCUGUGUUCACGGACAGAAGUGCUCCUUGUAUAAAUGAUGAUGAAUCCAGGAGAGAAGAGGAUGUCUUGAUUGGUGAACCUGAGUCUGGAUGCUCCAGGCCAGACCCACCAGAAAAUGGCUUUAUUAGGAAUGAAAAGGACCAGUACGCUGUGGGUGAAGAAGCUGAAAUUGCCUGUGUGAGUGGUCAUGUCCUCAGUGGCUAUCAAUUCCUUCAGUGUCUGCCAGAUCAAACCUGGAAGCAGCAACCUAUUGAAUGUCAACCCUCGGUAUGCCUCAGGCCACCAACAUCUGACAGUGUCACAGUUUCCCCAUUUAAGGAACAGUACAACAUUGGAGAAACCAUGAAGCUGAGCUGUCAAGCUGGAUUUAUAGUCACUGGUCAAACACAGUAUACCUGUGGGAAAGACCUGUCCUGGAUACCUCCUAUUUUGAGAUCAAUUACAUGUGAAAAAGAAGUGCAAACUAAAAUUAGAGGUGUUUGCAAUCCAGGACAAAAGCAGGUUGGAUCUCAGUGUGUUUGUAUGUCUCCAGAAGAAGAUUGUGGCCACUACUCAGAAGACAUCUGUGUGCUACAUACUGUUUCUGAACAGAGUGUGACCAAGCCCAGCUGUCAGUAUUCAGCUGAAAUGUGCCUUGGAGAGCAGCCAUUUCAUUUCUUGCAUGCUGGCCCUUGCCGUGGUGAUUCUAACCUAGACUGGGCUAUUGAAAGGGCAAAGCUCUCUAUGAAUAGCUUGAAGAAAGUUCCCUGUGGCUAUGACACCUGCUAUGACUGGGAGGAGUGUCCAGAGACACAGACUCAGUGCACCUGCUUGAUGCCUUACCAGUGCCCCAAAGAAGAAAGCCGCCUUCACUGCAUCCGUAUGGAGUCAACAGGGAGAAAAAGGACAGUCAGUCAUUGCGUCCUGGCAGCCAUGAAGUGUGCUGGCGUCAAACUGGAGGUUCUGGAGCAGGGGAGCUGUCUGGUGUAACCCAUCAGCUCUCCUGGCAGCCACCAUGAUUAUCCCACUGUGAGCAGGCUGAGCUACCCUGGGGAAAACUCAGCUGGUUGUGAAAGGAUAA